GACUUACGCAUGGAGAUGACAAUGAUAAAUCCAUAAAUAUUUGACACAGUGACUUAUUCCAGAUGUCAUAAAGCCUAGGUCGUAAAUAAUCUUAGAUGACAUGAUCAUGUUGUCAGUUACUGAACGAGCGGAAGUAUAUAACCGGGUUCAUGUAAAAGCUUAUCAUGCAUCCGACACGUAUUGCUGACGUAGAUGGUCGAAUGAAUGAUUCUACAAAUUUGUGGACUUUAGGUGGUUAAGCGAAGGAAAUAUGAGCGUUUUCCGUGGCUACCGUACGGACUAGUAUCUGUUUAAAACCUAAAUCCACUCGAUUUUUUAUGCCUAGCUUCUUUGAGUGAGUUUUCGAUGAGUCACGUAUUAACAUCGCUCUAUUUGCGCUUACUAUACAUCAAUUUAAAUAAAAGUAUCUUUUCCUUGAACAACCACGAUCGCGAGGAAUAUAUUUGUAGACACACGUAGAAAAAAUCGUCUAAUUAUCUACUUUCAUCCGUAUAAGGUAUACAAACGGACGAUAUCAAUUUAACACUUCGAAUCAACUCUGAUAUGAAAACAGGUUGCGAAGAUAUACUUUUGUGCGGUAAAAUAGAUCAAAUAUGCUUGAUGCAUCGGCGUGCAGGUUCAAAGUCCUAAAAGAGAACUUCAUAUCUGCUAUCUGCGUCAUCCUCACAUUUGCCAUUUUAUUUCCUAAUUCCAGGAAUCUUUGCACAGACAUCAAGCUCCAACUAGCCAAUAUUUAGACCCGCCACGCACCAAUUUCAAUGUUGUAAAAUCGCACUGCACAGUAUGUCGUCAUUAGAUUUACUUGAUGCGCCCGUAUAGCCCCGUUGUAUCGCUUAUCAUUUUUAGUCGUAUCUUCGUGAUACAUGACAGUACUAUUUAGACUAUAUCGUUACUAUUAAAUACGUUGCGCAAACAAAAGAACGUUUGACAGCUACCAUGGUUGCUGCUUCUUACGGUUCUCAUAGGGGACAUCGGGACGCUAUCAAUAUAUUGCAUGUCGAGCAGUUUGUCUAUCCCUUUAGACUGAUAUUACACUGAAAGAUUGUGCUUCGUUUAUGCCGAGGCUGCGGUAUCAAGUAUGUUUUUGGAAACCACCUAAAAUGUUUAGGGUGCUUUUGCAUCCGCUUUACUAUCGAGGUGUCAUGUUUGAUUCCCCGUCCAAACAGAACUUCACUGAUGAUGGUCUACGUCAGUUAGUUAGAUAGAUACAAGCCAUUGCUUCUUCAGAUUUCCUUUAUUCGGAAAAUUCCGACUUUAAUCUGCUUUUGUUACGGCCGGCUUACUCUAGUUCCAAAGCAGUAUUUCAAGCACAACGCAUACCGUACAACAUAUGACUGUGCUGCAGUCAGUAACAUAAGUGGGUUAAUGAGGAAGCUACGACACGGCAAGUAUCGUAUGCUGCGUUUGGUUAAUUUAAGAAAAUAAAAAUAAGAACAUUAGGAAGAUAACCAAGUAUUACAAAGUAUUCGCUAAACAUCUUCGUUGCUUAUUAGGCAGUUCAAGGCAGAAAUAUGAUAUACGACAGUACAAUUUAAUAGAAAAAUUUCAAUGAAAAUUAAAACACCAGUCUUAAACGCAAAUGAAUAAUUAAGCCUUUCUAGUAGUCUUUUCGUGCUCACAUCGAACUAUAUCUGAUCACUUUCCCUUUCCUUCUCCCCCGCAUAACGUAGAUUCGACGGGGUUGUCUACUAUGUAGUACAAGCGUCUAAUAUACUCCGCGAUGAAAACCCAUUGUUUAUUGACUACGGAUUGUGUGCGACCAGACACAUCUGUACGACCUAAUACAGUUAAUUCAGACGAUACCGAUUUCAGGCUUAUAGAUAUCGAUAUUAACAACUAAUAGUAACCGUGUCGUCGAAGAUUCGGUAAUAGAGAAUGGUGGCUAGCCAUCAUUCUGUAUGCCCGCGUGACGCCCUUUCGCUUCUUCGCGGCACACAGUGCGGCGGUAGUAGUAGACACACGCAUGACAUACACUGACUCACUGGAACUAACAGUAUCGUCCUUUCGUCCAUUGCUCUGAAAUAUAACGAGCGCGUCGGCUCCGGCGUUCGCUUUAGCCACAAUCAGCUUCAUGAACUCGACGCACGCUGAGGGAAGACAACAACAACAACCCGGAAGUGGGAGAGAGAAAAGGUCUAACCAUUUGCGGCAAAUGAACCUUAUGUCCUUUUGAACAUUGUCAGAACUUUUUUGAGCAACACACACUAGCUAUCAAAAACUCCUCUCCCACGACCAAGGCCCGGUUUCCUUAUGAUUGCAAAAAGAAAGAAAUAACGAGCAACUCGAAUCAAGCGCUUUACGCUUCGACAUCGUUCGGUGUAUUUGUCCCCCGUUAGUCCGACUGGGAUUUGUAUGCGGUGUACGGUUAGCGCACAACUCCAGCUUCGGCGGUGUCUCCUGUUGCAGAACACUGUAUUAUACCAUCAGCGCGUGUGUGGGAUACCCUUCAUCCGACGUCGCUAAGAAUGGCUGCCAAGCAAACGAGAACUGACUUGUACAUGCAGAGCGCCAAACUAGUGGACAACUGUGUCGACUCUAUCGGCCUGUGUCUAGUUUGACUUCAGAACUAAAACUCUUCCGCGUCUUCAGACAACAAAAGCGGCAACGGUGUCGACGCUUGUAGUGGCACAGUAAAAAAAGAGCUGGCUGACGCGGCCUGACUCCCGAUCGGUGAGGCAAGGCAACGACGAGUCGUGCGAGAUAACCUCCUAAGGAUCAUCAUCGUCAAGCUCGAGCGAAAGCGAGAGAGAGAGAGAGAGAGAGAGAGAGAGAGAGAGAAAGAGUACUCAUUUGAACUCCCUAACUGUCCUACGGCAACAUCAGCAUUAACAAAAACGGCUAUUAGUCAACAUAUUAAUACUCAAACACUAAAGACCAUUACUCCAGUGCUAGAGUCUUGGUCAUUGAAACUUAAUUUCGACAUAACCGUCCUAAAAGCAACAGAGACGUAAAGUAGAUCGGGCGGAACAGCUCAUCGCUACAUGCUCAGCAUGUGGAUAGCAGCAGGCGAUUGGUUUGUGCGUGCGUGUAUACAUCCUGUAAAAGUCGACUCGAAUAUAAGCCUAACUUGUUUAAAACAGUCAUCUAUCUGCACGACAGGAUUCGGUUGGGGGCUUUCUCGACUACGAGAACCGGACGCCUACACGCUGCUGUCUUUUAGCGAUUUGGCAAAGUAACCCGGAAGUCGCGGCGUGGGGUUUAGGGCGUGUGACGUAAUAGAGCUGUGUCCGAGAGUGUCGAGGCUGAUAAAGGGAACACUGUAAUGUAAAGUUGAAGCCGCGUGCUCAAGCACAAUUUUGUGUGUGGGAAAGCUAAACCUGUUGUGACAGUGUGCGCUUUUGCAUGAAGGCCUGUGACCUGUUCUCUGAGCACCUUCGUACAUUGCCUGCCGAAGAUCGUUAAGAAGGCCCGAGCAGCAAUGAGUCUGUAUCAGUCUCGAUAUACAGGUUGAUCGUUUACUCCGCGGACUCACAUUGUUGAACCUACUUGGACCCCAGUACUCAUUGGAACUCAUCGAAUCUCAUAACUUGAUCGAAUUAUUGUCUUGCUGCUGCAGUACAAUGAAUAGUGAAAAGCUACUAAGCUCCUCAGUUCAUCUAUCCGUGUACCUAACUUGAUAGAGAAAUUGAAAAGAGAUCUGCUUAAUGACUGACUGAAAGGCAUUAUUAGGAAAACGAUCGGAACAAAGUGAUCAGAUCAAUACACCGAAGUAUGCCAUAACGAAAGCCAAAUGGAAUAGCUGUCAUUUCGAAGUUCUGCUCGAUAUUUAUUCGCAGUCUCACGUCUUAUGUUCGUCGCCUUGAGAUUUCAUUCACCUCGUCAACAUCAAUCGGCCUAAAUCUGUCAUUGUGGCUGUCGUCGCAAGGGCGAGUUUCCAUUACGAUCCGGUAUCCAUGGUUAGCGUGCAUCGACGGGCCCGCACGGCCCCAUGGGCUGCUGACCCCGGCCCAGCGACAAAAGACACCCAGUCAUCUUUUCGGUACUAUACCACUUCCAUAGACGAAACGGUUUCAGCGAUACCGAUAUUCUUAUUGACAUCAGGUUAUUGCUUCAGCUCACCGCUUCUGUUCCCACAAGGGUUUGCUGGCCUCUCGUCAAAUUUAGCAGCUAACAAACAUUCUAGUCGCUGGUACAAAAGAGCAGCUUGCAGCAGCCUGCAGCUUAUCCACAGUUUUGCCGAUAAAGAUUUUUAUUACUUUGCCCGUCCUAAUAGCAGUAGCAGCGGUGUCAGCGAAAACGCUAACAUACAGCACAAGCUUAAUGAGAUCUUCGUAGAAGAAUCUAUAGAAGAGCAUCCACUGGAUCCCGUAUCGCUAUUGUCAAGUAAGGACUACAUCGACCAUUCCACAUUCCGAAUGUUUGAAGCCUUGCUCUUCGCCAAAGAUGGCGAAAUGCUCAACGGCGAACGAACUGCCGUUUCAGAAAUGCUUAGUGCAAAGUUAGUCGUCACAAGCCUGAUAGGCAACUCGUAGCCCGAAUUGUCCACCCGCAGGUACACAAACAGACAAUUACAUCAAAAUUUCGUCAGUAAAAUUAAUUUCGUAAGCAGUCGAUAUAUAUAUAUAUAACUCUGCAUAUUCAACUCUAUCUAUAUACUGCUGUGUCACUUUGUACCAUUUUUAAUGAAAAUACUCUGAAUCAUACUGAAAAGACGAUGCCUUCACGGUAUGAAUAGAGAUAUAAAUAUACAUCUAUAGUACAUGACAUGCGUGGCCAAUAUCAGCACAUGGACAGGCACAUAUACGCACUACCCUACUAUCGUAACAUAAGAUAUUAUUAGUAUAAAUCGUAAUUGUUUUUUCAACACAAUCCAUGUUAACAGUAGACGUGACGCAUUUUCAAUUCUACUAUUUGAUAUUUGUCAAAGCGUACUGACAUCCAUCCGUAUUUAAUCACCUCGACUUUAAUCAAUUUCUAUUCAUUGUCAGAUCCUGUACAUCAAAAAGGUUGUCAAUUUGUAAAGCAUUAUGAGUGAUAUAUAGAGGCAAAAUUAGCUAACGCAGGGAAAAAAAACACCGAAAAAAUACAUAAUUGGGCAUAUGAGUGCUCCCGGACGCGCGGGUCGACCCCAGCUCCAGGAAAGCUAUUUUGAAUAGCUAAAUAUUAAGGGCUAGGCAACGUCAGCCAAUAAACAGACGCAAACGAAGCUAUUAAGCUCACAUUAAUCAGAAAAAACGAGCCAGAAUCAAGUCCAGCCGCAACGGGUGCGCUAACAGCGAAAAUGACAAUGGAAGCAUUACCGGGUGACCUCCAGCCAGCUGUGAUCAACGUUCGCGACCAGCUCGACGAAGAGAUCUUGUACAACAAGAAAAGAAAUGCAGAUGAUUUCGUCAGCUUGGACAACUCUUCAAGUUCGAAUAAACUUCUAGAGAACCUGAAUAGGCUACGCAAAAACAAGCAGUUCUGCGAUGUCAUCCUACAGGUUUCAUCAAAGGUGGACUUUCACGAGGUCCAUUGUCACAGAGCUGUAGUCGCCAGCGUAUCGCCGUAUCUGUUCGAGCUUUUCGACCAGAGGCUCAAAAGCGGCACGGCUGAUCGUGCUCUUACAGAUCAAUGUACGCUUCCUGGUGAAUUUGAUAUGGAUGUCUUUGAAUCUCUCAUUGAGUACGCGUACACAGCGAAACUCGAUUUGCCGAGACAGAAACUGCGAUCGGCGUACCUCACGGCUGCAAAACUAAGGAUAACUCCCAUUGUUCAAUUUUGUGGAUCUCAGCUGGUGUCUAGUUUGACUCCUGAAAAUUGUCUGGGUAUUCGAGCCGUUCUCCUGCAGGCGUCCGCCUCUUGCCUCCAACCGGACCAGAUUUCUCUCAUUAGCAAGCUGGAUUCCUUCAUCAAACAUAACAUUAAUGAGGUGCUGAAGAGUAGUGAGCUGUCUGGUCUUAGACACAUCCAAAUGGAGCUGAUUCAGAGUACCUUGGUGGAGAUUGAGUCAACCAAUGAGCGUCACCUAUUUAAGAUGUUACUUGAUUGGCUACGCGUUGGUUGGGCGCGUGACGGUGAACUCAACAUGGAUCGGCUCACCGAAAAGGUGCACAUGCUUUACUUAAAUCGGGAUCGUACGCUACAUGAUUGUGUGGAUAUCGAGAGCGGAGACGCCCGUGACUCUGAACUUGUCCAAGACUACAAACGACUAUCGAAGCGGCUGAACCAGGCGCAAGGCGGUGAAAAAGUCGGUUACGCCCAAGCUGAAGUGCCAGCGGUUUCGGCUUCUGGUGAUCGAGUGAUGCUCGGCCUAAACAAUAGUCAUAAUAGCGGCAAAACUAGAGACUCGUUUAAGAUGCGGAACGGCCAUGGAAACGCAUCCAAUAACGUGCCCACUAAACCUAAGCAAUUCCUCUUCACUCGGUCAGAUUCGUCGAGCUCUAGUGACGAAGAAGAAUACGACUGUAAUUUCCGGGUAGUCGCUACUGCACCAACGGGUGUACAUUCGACAAUGGGCCUCGCCAUUGUUCAGUCUGAAAUGGUCCUUCUUUCAGUUGUACGACGUCUUAACAACAAUAUAAACAAUAACUCCAAUAACCAGAGCACCGGCAGCAAUAGUCAGAGCGAUCACGGGGGAUCACCUAGUAAUGAGUGGUCCCCUGACCAUACCGCUUCGUCACCCAAUAGCCCGCAGAAUUCGAGCAACGGCCAUCCUGUUCUUGAACAUACUGGACUGUCAAGUAAUGGCCAAACAACCCCCCCUGUCACGGCAGGUAACACAAACAAUAACGGUGGAGGCGGCCCACCCAUGGGGCAACUUCCGGGUUCGAUCGGGGGUUCGAACCAGAUGUCGCCCCAGAAGUUGUAUCAACAGUUACAGCAGAUGUCGACAUUAGCGGCCAUGAAUCACCAGCGAUGUUCGAUGGGCGUAGCUGAAUUAAACGGCUCACUGUUUGUAUGUGGCGGCUAUGAUCGCGGAGAAUGUUUGCGUUCCGUCGAGCUGCUCUCGCUGUCUAAAAAUCGUUGGACCCCACUGCCGGACAUGCUUGUGCCGAGGGCCCGCACUAAUGUCGCUAGCCUAAAUGGACUCGUCUAUGCGAUGGGUGGUUCAGACGGUAGUCGUGAUCUCGCUUCUGCGGAAGUGUAUCAUUCCGACCGGCAACGCUGGGAGGCGCUUCCUCCGCUACCCGUGCCACGAUCUCACGCAGGUGUUUGCGCCUUGAACGGAAAAAUUUACGUUAUCGGAGGCUGGACCGGUGCCGGACAAGAUGGAAUGACUCGGGUUGACGUUUUUGACCCGAAAACUGCUAGCUGGGAUACCAUUGCUGGGCUCAAUAUCGGACGUUCUCAAGCGGGUGUAGCUGUUAUGAACGGUUGUAUUUACGUAUUGGGAGGCUGUGAAGCUUGGAAUUGCACACCAAGUGUUGAAAGGUACUCUCCCGAGGAAGAUCGUUGGAUACUCUGCGCGCCGAUGCAGUCAGCUAGGCGUGGUUGUGGAGCCGCUGCGUUAAAUAGCCGACUCUAUGCAAUUGGUGGGCACGACAGCUCCCGGUCGCUCUGCUCUGUUGAGAUUUACGAUGCUGCCACGAACACGUGGACGCCUGGACCCGCACUCACCACUUGCCGCGCGAAUGUUGGAGCAGCCGUGGUUCGCGGCCGGUUACUGGCGGUGGGAGGAUUCAACGGGAAAACUUUCCUGAAUACCCUCGAAACUCUUGAUUGCACCCCUGUCGACGACGACGGCGAACCCGAAUGGACAGUCUUUGUUGACCGACAGACGUGGCUCCUUGAUAACACAUCACACGAUCAGUCUAUUAGACAGCGUAGUGAGGAAAACCUUCAGGAAACCCCUGAUGAAUCCUCUCGCGAUGGCGUCAUCGCGUUAACGCAGGUUGCCGCCGCAACGGAUAAUGCGGCUGCUCCUCAACACUACAAUCAAGUAAACGACGAAGAUGAAGAUGACGAUGAAAUUGAUUCUCAUAAGGAAAUUGACGAAAGCGAUGAAACUAAGAAUGGCACAUUGAACGCCAGUAACCGGGACUCGCGGGAGAGCUCUUCCGGUAUUAGUGGCUGUUAAGCGAGCGAUGCUGCAGUUUCUGCGACGACCCGUCACACUCCGCCAUCAACUACAAUAACAAUACAAUAGCCUACGGAGUGAAGUGAGAUACAACAUAAUUCCAGAUGAAUAACUUGAGAGAAGCAGAAUCUCAUAUAAACACUUUUAACCUUUUUCGCAAGUACGUGCAUUAUAAUGGGUAUGGUAUAAUUAAUGACCAAUCGCAGUAGAAUGAUUUGGUGGAUAUCUAGAGUCGACGAGUACGCGUUCAGCGCGUGUGCUAGUGUUAGAUCUCGUAUGGGUCUAAAACCUUCCGCGAUAUAGCAGCGGUCGGUACUCAGGUAUUUCCAUUCAAGCUGACAAGAACGAAGUAGAUAAUCCAACCAUGUAGCGACCGUCUGAACUUUCUCGACUUCUGAAAUGAGAUAUAAUCGGCUCAGCAUGACAGAAACCUUGGCCGACUUCAGAGGCUGAUCAUUACGAGUACCAACGGCGCGAAAGAAUACUGUUCCAACGUCACCUUGCAUGGCUAUAUAUGAGCAGCUGGAUUUUGAGACCGAAGGAACACGGCGGAGUGGCGCUGUACCUCAUUCAUGUUUAAUGCACUACACACAUCCUGUCCUUUUACCUGACCUGAAUCGUCGCCUUACCCUUGUGAGAUCGGCUACGUCAUUAUGGUACCAUCGUUUCCCUCUAUAUACUAUUCAAUACUAACAUAGUAUUAUAAAAUAAUACCGUAAUGGAGAAAGUCGUACUAUGGGUAAAACGAUUAACUACGGUAUCUAUCGCUGACUCACUAUAAGUACCUUGUGCUAAGAAUCCAUUGUUAAUUAAUGGAAAGCGUAACACGAGAUACAUAGACUUGUAGUAUAGUUCUGUCCUUGAUGAGGUGUCAAAAGAAAUGGGGUAGAAACGGACAGUCUGUGUAGUGGUGAUUAUCCCGUAACGCUAGAUAAAAUUUCUGAUUACAGUCAUCAGGAGCCAGUUCCAACCAAAAAUAUUAGCCGAAAUGAAAAGAAUCCACUAUUAUUAUCAUGAUGAUUAUAAAUAAUCGAAAAGCGUCGCACUCCUCGCGGUAAUGCUUAAAAGGGAAGGAAACGACUAUAUUAAUUCCUGAUGUUGUCAUAGAGGAUAUACUGUAUCACUACGUUGCCGCAAGUGUAUUUAAAAUUCAGAAAGAAACCUUCGAGAGUUGGAGGACCAUAGUUCUCUUAGUGAUCUUUCGGUAAUAGCCAUCACCUGCAUCAAACGCAUUGUAACAGACACGAUUAGUUUAGACAACAUCAUUUUAAAUUUUGAAGAAAGCCACCCUCAGUAAAUUCACAACGUAAUGGUGUUUGGUUUUUGAGGUAGAGAAUACGGUUAUAAAGCUACAUACUGCGACGCCAAUGUCGGCGACAAAAAGAGAACAAACCCUUUCUGCAAUUACUGCGUAAACGUUGAAGACAUCUAGGCACAAAGCAUAUUUAAGUUCUAGAAAUGUAGCGAGGAAUUGAUUUAGGUUUUCCGACCUGCCUGAAACCGUACACAAUAAAUUAACGAACGGGCCUCAUCCAAAAAAUAUAUUCAAUCGUAAGAAACAAUGGGGUCUAUAUACAAUCUCUAUCAAUUGGCAGAGACUAGAAUAUUUUGUGAUCAUACGUAAUGUAAAACCUUAAUCUUAAUAGCCACAUUUGUAGACAUACUUCAAGGUUUUGCGUAAGGGCUUAAUUGCUGGACCGUACGCGACGAGAAAACGCUCCCGGGUUUCUCACAUCUGUACAUGCUACAAAUAUGGCAUGAAUAUUUUCGACAAAUAAUAGAACCGCAUAUAUUUAGAUAUAAUUCGAUAUAUUCUCUGUGAAUCGCGUUUGGCUCAACUGCGGAUUAGCAUUUCAGUAUUCAACUAAAAUUCCGUUAAUUUGCCCCAUGUCUGGCACCUAGGAAACAGUACUGACGGAACAUGGAAGAUUACUGUGCAUGUUUUUAUAUGGUGAUUUAAAAAGUGAAUAAAAAUAUAUCCACAUACUAUACGCAUAUAUGUCAGAUUAUUAUCCUCGGAUAGAAUUGGGUCAUUCGACCAACAAAUGACCAUACUAAAUGAUAAGAGAUGUCCGUUUUCAUUUUAACGUAUUGAGCUAUCCGUGAUAUAAAUGAAUCUUUAUAGUAAGAACGUGUCAUCACACAGUGCAAUCAUAAGCUCAUUUAUUGGCCUUCUUGCAUGCUUGGUUUGAUAUUCGAUAUGCACAUAUAUUCUCAGCGAUGGAACUCACUGUAAUGACGAAACGACUAGUUGUGACAAAAAUAACGUGAAAUUACCGUUUAGGGUCCAGUAGUCAUAAGAUCCUUGAUGAUUGUCCCUAGAUAGGAUUAGUGAUGAUAUUUCGCUUAGAUUGACGCUUACGUUUGACUAAAUAGCAAAAACUAACAGUAUGCCAACCUACUAUUGGUGUGGUAAUCGAUCGGGGGUUGUCAAUCUUGUAUGUGUAAAAAUAGAGGGAACUUAGAAAACUAUAAUACCAAACCGCCGAACCGUCAGAGCCCUAUGAGCUGGGUCCAACAAUUUGUAAGCAUUUUUCCUAAGACGAAUAUAACUAC